AUGCGCAACUGGAGUGGUAACUCUCCUUUGGUCAAGGAGUUUCUUCUCACCGUCAACAAAAGCAACGAGUUUUGUAUCUACUUCAUACCUCUAGGAACAUCGUUUGCUUUUGUGAACGCCAUAGAAGUGUUCUUUGCCACAAACAUAACAAGGGAUAAUGCUACGCUUGUUACUCAUGAGGGUAAGAGUGUUUCUUUCUCUGGGUUGCUGUCUAAUGCUUUGCAUACAGUUCACAGGAUCAAUGUUGGAGGGCAAAAGAAGUAUGACAACCUAUGGCGGAAUUGGAUUCCUGACGACGAUUAUCUUUACCCAAAAGGGUCAGCGAAAAACAACCGCUCUUCAAGUACUGAGAUCUACUAUGACUUUAUGGAGGAAGGAAAUAAGAAUAUUGCCCCGGAAUUCGUCUACAAGACCUGCAAAGUGUUGGAGGACAAUAGCACCAGAGAAAAUGUGACAUGGCAUUUCAAUGUGAGUAUAAAUGCUAGAUAUCUGGUUCGUGUGCAUUUUUGUGACAUUCUUUCCAUAUCAGUUGCUACAAUUACCGAUUUCAGUUUACAUAUUGAUAGCAAGUUCACUUUUAAGGUCGAACCUGGCAAUUUAAGUCGGUCGGUUCCAUUUUACCAUGAUUUUGUUGUUGACUCUGAAAGUUCAGGGUUUCUGAGAAUAGGCAUAAGCACUUUAGAGGAAUCUUAUGUGAAAACGGCCUUUUUGAACGGUCUAGAGAAUAUGGAGCUAAUUGAGGAAAAGAACUUUACUCCUCCAACGUUGGACAAACCAAAGGAUAAUCGACCUAUUAUAGUUGGUUCAGUUUGUAGCGCUUCUGGUAUAGUUUUUGUUGUUGCAGUAGGACUGUUGGGAUUCAAAUGCAAGAAAGCAAAGCAUGCUGAAACUGAUGGCUUCUCAUAUAUGAGAAACGCAUCAAGAAUUUCCUCUCUUCCAAAUUGCAACCUCAAGUUAAAGAUGGGUUUAGAUGAGAUACUGCAUGCCACUCGCGGUUUCGAUCCAAAAUUGUUGAUUGGUGAAGGUGGAUUUGGUAAGGUCUAUGAGGGAACUCUAAGGAGUGGCCUAAAAGUGGCUGUGAAAAGAAGCGACCCAAAGCAUGGCCAGGGCUUACUGGAAUUUGAAACGGAGAUCAUGAUCUUGUCCAAAAUCCGUCAUCGCCAUCUUGUUUCCUUAAUUGGGUACUGCAACGAGGGGGCGGAGAUGAUACUUAUUUAUGAGUUCAUGGAGAAGGGGACUCUCAGAGAUCAUAUCUAUGAUGAGUCUGCAUUCACCAUCAAUAGUUCAUCAUCUUCAAGACCCCGAAUUUGCUGGAGCCAAAGGCUUGAAAUCUGCAUUGAUGCAGCAACCGGACUUCAUUACCUUCACACCGGGCCAAACGUGGGAAUUGUCCAUCGAGAUGUCAAGUCAACAAACAUCUUGCUCGGUGAACAUUUCACUGCCAAAGUUGCUGAUUUCGGUCUUUCGAAAUCGGGUCCUCUUGACCCUGAUCACUUUAGCAUUGGAAUCAAAGGUAGCUUUGGUUAUCUGGAUCCCGAAUACCUCACAACCCUUCAGUUCACAGAUAAAUCUGAUGUUUACUCGUUUGGUGUGGUACUCCUAGAAGUGCUUUGUGGAAGGCCUGCCAUUAUCAAGUCACAAAAGAUUGAGGAGGUCAAUUUGGCUGAGUGGGGAAUGUAUUGGCACAAGAAAGGUCAGCUUGAGAAAAUUGUGGAUCCUUCUCUGAUGCGUGAAAUUAGUCCAAAUUCAUUACGAAAAUUCGGCGAAACAGUCGAGAAGUGUCUGAGCAGAAAUGGGGCUGACAGGCCAGCAAUGAUUGAUGUGUUGUGGGAUUUGAAUUAUGCUUUGCAGCUUCAGAAAGCAGAGGUGCCAAGAGGACUACCUGAAGAUAGUGGAAGUGGAACAAAUGCUUUCUUGGAGUUGUCUCGUGUCGGAAGUUUGCCUUCUCGUAAUAUAAUUGAAGAGGGAGAUGAUCUUGUGCUCAUAGGAAGGAGUUCUAAUUUUGAUCCGUCUUGAUAACGUUCCUGGGAGAAAUUAGUUAACUAAAAUAGUAAUAUGAGUCAAUCUAAUGCUUUAUGUAUCUUGGUAUGGCCAAUUUGUUGUUUACAUUACUAUAUACUUUGUUUAGGGGAACAAAAGCUUUAGCAAUUUGUUCAUCAAUUUCUAUUUUACUUUUCCAGCAUCGCUUUAUG